AAUCGUAAAUAGUAAAGGUUUUCUACUUUUUUAUACUACCUACACAAAAUGGUUGAUCCGAACCGCAAAAUAAACCGUGUCACAGAAACGGACAUAGAUUUUUUAGAAGCAUGCGAGGAAGAGUUUGCGCUACGCUACACGGAUGAUGAUCCAGAAUUCAUGGCACAUUGCAGCAAACCGUUGCCUGAUCCGCCGCUGGUCGAGAAUUGGCAAAAUGGAAAUGGUUCUGGUGGGGGUGGUGGUGGUGGCGGCGGCGGUAGUGGUCACUACAAUAAUCGUUAUAACGGACAUCGCAGAGGCGGCGAUCGCGGCUGGCAAAGAAGAAGUGGUGGCGGUGGCUACCACAAUAACGACAGAGAUCGUGGAUACAGAGAUAAUCGAAAUCGCCCCAACCAUCGAUAUGAGCCGUCUGCACGCAGAGAUAGAUAUCGGGAACAAGAUCGAAAUGGCGCCGUCUAUAACGAACGGAAUAACGAACAAAGUGGCAGUAGCCGCGGCGGUGGUGCUGGCUCCGGCUCCGGCUCACCCUUGAAAGUGAGACGUGACUAUGGGAAGUUUGUGCCCGCCUCUAAAGAUUAGCAACGCAUUCUUGUUCAUAUAUGUAGUAUGUUUCUUCAAAUACACGUGCAUCAUUUUUAUUCAACGCUACAGAAACAAA